AUGAAUGAUAUGGUUAGCAAGUUUUGUGGGGCUUAUGAAGCAGCAACGAGAGACAGAACCAGUGGUAUGAACGAGGAUGAUGUGCUUAAAAGAGCCCACGAUCUCUUCUUGAACAACCAUAAGACGAAGUUCACCUUUGAGCAUGCGUGGAAGGAGCUUCGCGGUGACCAGAAGUGGUGUCUACUCUCAGUAAAUGGAAGCAGCUCCAAAAGGACAAAGUUCGACGAUGGUUCACAUUCAGCAAGCUCUCACGCAGCUACAAGUGCUUCUGUAGAUGCUGAAGGAACACGUCGUCCUCCUGGUGUUAAGGCAGCAAAAGCCCGUGCGAAGAGGCUGUUGGUUGAGGAGAAAGAGGUCGUUGACUUCAACAACAUGUGGAGCAUCAAGAAGGAGGAUUUGGCAAUUAAGGAAAAGAUCACGAAGAUGAAGCUACUUGAGAGUCUUGUUAAUAAACAAGUACCACUAGAUGAAGACGAAGAAGUUCUCAGGAAAAAAACUCGUAAAAGAGUUGAUGAGCUAACUGGAGUGGAGUGCAAGAGAUGUCUUGUAGUGGAGUGCAAGACUAAGAUGUCUUGUAGUGGAGUGGUGUCACGGACUAAGAAGUGGAGUGCAAGAGAUGUCUUGUAG